AUGGGUACAACUGGAGUAAUGUCAAUCAUCUUUUUUUAUUCUAAAUGGCUUAUAUUUCUUAUGAGCUUACAAUUAAAACUUGACACUUUCUCACAUUAUUUCUCACAGUAAACUGAGAAUUACGUUCUCUCAUGUCCAGACAGAACAGGCGUAGACAUAUUUUAUGGGGAGACUUGGUAUGGUUUGCAUGUAUGUUUUUUUGUACGGUAGGUGGCGUUAUGAGUCGGUGUCGUCCCGCGUCACGUUACCUGCCAGACGGAAGAAUCAGCCAUUUCGAGCGAGUUCUGCGCUCACUUGUAUUGGUAACAUUAAGGGAACGUAAACCAUUUUCCACGUCGGUCAAAUCUUAAAGAAUAACAGACUUUAAUCUUAGUAAAUUCAAAAUAGUCUCAGUCAUUAUUUAGCUGUUUUUUAGUAAUUGUCGUUAUCAAUCUGGCUGGGGUGCGGCAGAGAAACGACAACACCACAGAUUUAUAUGGAUAUUUCUAGCUACGAUCUUCAUCUUUUUUAAGCUCCAGAAAUAACACAACUCUACAAUCAGGAUGGGCAUCGCGAAUUUGAUGUUUCCUGUCUUAUUAUUCGUGAACGGUGUGUUUGGUGUUGAGACCGAUCCGGUGGAGAUUCGUGAGUUGAUGGAAGGAGAUUCUGUCAUCCUAGACACCAAUUGUAUUACCAAACUACAGAAAGAUGAUGAGAUAGUGUGGAAGUUUGGAUCUGUGGUCAUAGCUACAGUCAAGGCCAAUAAUCCCUUAUUAUCUGAUACUGAUGAUGCAAGAUUCAAAGACAAACUCCAAAUAAACGCUCAAACUGGGGACCUCUCCAUCAGAAACACCAGAACCUCACUCUCUGGGCUUUAUGAAGUGAAGAUCACCAAUAUCACUAACACAACAUACAGGAGAUUUAAGGUUACCGUCCUUGAUGCAAUUCCUACAAAAGUUUCAGUAACGGCGGGAGAGUCUGCCAUUUUACAGCAUAAUAUUGCUGAUAUACACAAUUAUGAUGUGAUAGAAUGGAAGUUCGAAGAUGGAGAGACUCCCAUCGCUCAAAUCAACAAACAAACCAGUAAAAACCCCUCAUAUGAUGAAACUGAUGAGCGAUUCAGAGACAGACUGCAGCUGAGUCAGACCGGAUCUCUGACCAUCACAAACACCAGAACCACAGACUCUGGACUUUAUAAACUACAGGUGCAAGGUACAAACAUAGCGACCAAACACAGGAAGUUUCGAGUCACGGUCGAUGAAGCUGGUCUGUCCACAGGCAUUAUAGUGCUGAUAUGUGUGUGUGUUAUUACACUGAUCGUGGUGGUGGUUGGGAUUUACUGUCGGAAUAAGAGACAACGUCAACAAGGCCAGUAUUAACUUUGCAUGCAUGGCCAGCAUUAACCAAAGUGAUGAUAAAGGGGACGGAGUACAGGAUCCAUUGAAAGGACAGAAAUAGUUCAGUGCUUCUGUAACAUGAGCUGUGGAUGAAAUCUACCUGUGUGCUGCUGAGUUGUGAUCGAGAGUAGAGAAUAUGCUUACAUAUGUUGUACAUUCACUGGAACAGUUUGCACUACAUGCUGAUCAAUGAUCCUAGUGCUUUAUGGUACACUUCUUUCUUGCGUGUAUAUACGAGAUAUCGUGCCUGUUAUUGAUACAUAUAUAAUCAUGGUGGCUGGUGGGACCAUUGACUGCGGCUUUAAAAGUUUUAGGUGGAAAUUCUUUAGAUCACCUGACAUCAGCAGGUGCCAUAAAAAAAAACAAAAAAAAACUUUUCCUUAUAUUCAUGCUUUAAAGGGGUUAUAAAAGGAGAUUGUGUGAUAGUUGUUUUAUGCAUGUGCAAUGACUUAAGGGAUGAGCCUAUUUUUUGGUUAAAGUCUGCAAAUGCAUCCCCCCCCCCCAUAGUAUUAUGGAAAUUUUGUGCCUCAUUUUUUUUUAAGAUCUAUAUUUUACUGUUACUCUGAUACUAUGUUUACAUGGGGAUACAUUAUGAUAAACUGUUGUUCACUUUCCUCUUGUGAACAGUGAUUUGAGUGGUGAAUGUUUCCUGUUAUGUAUAGGUAUAGGUAUAUUUCUUUUUUUAUUUUUAUUAUUGUGAAAUUCAAGCUUUUUUUUAAAUCAGAGAUUCAUAAGUAAUAUGAAUGCCAAAGUUAUUGCACUUAUUGUAAAUUCAUUGGAUUACUAUUCCCCCCAAUUCAUGUUGUUAGGCUGCUAAGUUGUUAUUGAAAAUUAUGCCUUUGUUUGUAUAUUGGGAAAUUAUUUGAAAUAAUAAAGAAGGAAUAUAUGCAGCA